UCGUGCUCGCCCUCAAGAGUAGCGCGGGGCGCACACCGCAGUGGAAUGUAGCGGGGAAUCCCGGCGCGAGUCCUACGCGCGUGGUAAGGCUUGUCAAUCGGUGAUCAAAGCUCCAAGACAGUACAUGAGUGGGUGGAGCAUGACAGAUGGGAGUGGCUGGCAAUGUGUCUGAUCAUGCACAAUGGUUUCCAUGGAGACAGAUGGCAGCAUUUCCAGAGGCCCUGGACUUGUGCUCUUAGAGGCAAGUGAUACCGUGGGGGCAGGGCUAGAUGAGCAGGAGGAGCCAUGGCUUGGGUUCCGGGCAACGGUGAGUGCUGUGCUACUAUUGGAGUUACUGUUGGGAGUGGGUGGUAACCUGACGGUGUUGGUGUUAUACUGCGGUCACUGCACCCUUUUGGAAUCUGUCAGCCAUGCAGUCACUCUCAGUCUGCACACACUUGACCUGCUGCUCUGCCUCCUCUGCCUACCCAUCACUGCCACACUCCUCCUUCUUGGCAGGGCUUCUACCCCUCACCACACCCUGCUCUGCUGUCUUCAUGAAUCAGCAGCCACCUUCGCCAGUGUAGGAACUGCACUCAACCUGCUUCUCAUUAGCCUUGAUCGGUAUGAUAUCAGUGUCCGGCCCGCUAAUCGUCUGCUUACGCCACAAAAAGCAGCCUUUUUACUGACUGGAGUGUGGGCGGUGUCUUUGGCUGUGCCCCUCCUACCAUUUCUGGAGGCGGGGUUUGUGUCCUGGCCAAGAGAGGGAGUGGAUGUUCAUUCUAACAGCACAAUGCUGUGUUCAGAAUGGGUGGGCACUCUGCAAGCUCACCUCUUGCUGCAGGUGCCAGUCUUUCUGUGUUCCCUGGCCGUGAUGCUGUUUACAUACUCGCGCAUCCUUCAGGCCCUGCACAUUCGCAUUGGACACCCGCCAAGAGCUCAACGAGACAGGCGACGACCUGGCCGACAUCCCUGGCAACAACUCAAGAGGUCGGCAAGAUCACCAGAUCACAUGACAAGGACUGCGCCCAUCUCCUCUCCGCCUUUCUCCACUGGGCCCCUGGUGACCUCAGACACUGUCACCACAGUGACUAUCAACACAGAGACUACCACACCUUCACUGAACACACCACUAAGUCCAGCCCCCAUGAUAUCUGUUGUAACUACUCCUUUGAGUCCCACUGCUACAUUAUCCACCUUAACCACCCCAUUAAACAGUAACCCCACUUCAUCCACCAUAUCCACAUCUAUAAAUUGUAACCCAGCUAUAUUCACCAUAUCUACAUCUCUCAGCCCUAGCCCAGCUGUAUCCACUAUUGCCUCACCUCUUAACUCAAGCCUCAUUAUAUCCACCAUAGCCUUAACUUCCAACCCUAACACAACUACAUCUACCACAGCCAUGCCUUUAAGCCCCACUCCUACAGUAUCUGUGGCUGCCACACCGCUAAAUCCCGCUCCUGCACAUGGCCCUCCCAGCGUUGGUGUGGGGGCUUCUGUGUCAGCUAUCCUGACUUUGCGCCGUGCAGUGAGACGUCACCGAGACCGGAGGGAGCGACAGAAACGUGUCUUCCGCAUGUCAGUCCUCAUUGUCCUCUCAUUCCUGCUGUGCUGGGCACCUCUCUCCAUUACACCUCUCCUCUUGCUGGCUAUAGGACCCUCUGACUGGCUGGAGCGUCUGAGGCUCUGCUUUUUGGUACUUGCCUAUUGGACAGUUGUGCUGCAUCCUCUGUUGUAUGCAUUCACACGGCAGAAACUGCGUAAAGUUCUGCACACUCGACUGCAUAGACUGCGCACAAACAACGCGCACAUCUUCAUCCGCACAAACUCUCAGAACCAGCGCAAGCACAGGAAAGACUGUAGCCAGGUGACUGACCGCUGCCUAACUGUGUGAGAGA